AGGAGGAGGAGGUGAAGGGUGUUUGUUUAUGUGUUCUGUCUGUUUUGUUAUUGAAAUGUAGAAAUGUGCAAACUUUCUUUGCCCAGAGUGAUUUUAAUGAAACUAUGUGAUUAAUACUUUAAGGUUUCAUUGUUAAAACUCGUGACCUACAACGAGUCCUUGUUAAAAGUUGUGUGACAUUGACAUCUGCUGGUUUGUACUGUGUAGCGAAUAUGGCAGCUGUUUGGCAGCAACAAGUUUUUGCUUUAGAUGCGAAAUACAAUGCCCAACGUUCGUCGAAUCAUCCGACUUUCAGAACUCAGUACAUACGUAGACGAAGUCAGCUUCUUCGAGAGUAUCCUAAAAAGGAGGACACUCAGAUAAGACGUCAAUAUGUUAAGCUUCGCACCCAAAUUUUGCAACAGCGUUAUGGUAUUUCAUUUAGUGAUCAAGCCAGCUUAAGAAGCCUAAAUAUUAGUGCUCGUAGUAACAGCCGUAUCAGUGAGUCAAUAGAAUCCUUUCGGCAAGCUUUUGCAGGUGAUGAUGGUGUAAGCCUCAGCAGUUAUCCUAAACGCACAAGCAAUGCUAGUGGUGUUGUCCCAACUCAUCAGGCUGAAGCAUCUCGUGCUAUUGUAGGAGGAAAUACAAUAGACGAGAACUAUGCUUUUGUUGGGGUGCAUCAUAUAUUUGACCAGCACAAAGCUGCUGUAACAAUGUGCAAGUUUGCAAACAACGACCGAUCUCGCCUCUGCUGCGUGUCCAAUGAUGGCAUGGUCUCUUUGUGUAAUGUCACAGCAUCUCCACCCAAAGUUGACAGUAUUCUUGAUGGCCACAAAGGUCCAGUAACUGGUUGUGAUUGGUCUAUUGCCAAUGACUUACUUGUCACUAGUUCCACUGAUGGCACUGUCAGACUAUGGGAUGUGUCAUUGGUUUUGAGCCCAAAGUGUCUUAGAACAGUACAAGAUCCAGAUGGAGCAGAAGUUUUGUGUUGUGCAUUUGUACCUGCCAAUAGUAAUAUGGUUGUGGCAGGUAACAGCCAAGGCUUGCUUUUGGUAUUAAAUAUAUCAACAGGAAUUUACCCUAGACCACGGAGCAAUGGUAAAAUUGGUGGCCGUGUGUUAUCAAUUGCAUGUGAGUCAACAGGUCAACUUAUUUGGGCUGGAAAUAACAAGGGUGUCAUAGUUUCCUUCAUUGUUGAUGCAGGAUCUGGCAAGUUAACCAAAUGUAGAAAACUGAACAUAGCAGAGAACUGUGCUAUCACAUGUUUGAGCUGGCGUGCAUGGAUGAGUAGGGAGGCCAGAGAUCCCACUUUACUUGUGAAUUGUGCUGCAAAUGUGAUUUGUUUGUUUAGGGUCUCUGAUAAAAAUGGUACUCUGCAGCUACGUCGAAAGUUUUCUGUUCGGCACAAGCAUCAAUUAUUGCAUUCCACAUUCUGUCCUAUUAUGUCUUUCAGACAAGGAGCAUGCAUUGUAACUGGGAGUGAGGAUUCUUGUGUCUACUUCUUGGAUAUUGAACGAGAGGGGAAAGCGUGUGUCAACAAACUUCAAGGACACGCUUGUCCAGUAUUAGGAGUCAGUUUCAAUUAUGAUGAGAGCCUCCUUGCAACCAGUGAUGUCCAAGGACUUGUUAUCAUUUGGCGUCGAAAUCCGACUGAGGCAUUGUAAGAUAUCUGUGAUAGAAACAAAAACAAAAACUGUCUGUUGUCAAUAAAAUUAUUCCAUGCGUUA